AAACGAAUAAGUGUAAAUGAACGGAGUCGAGUACGCGCGUAUUCGGGUAGUUUUCGUUUUGGUUACCCGAGAUCGUCUUCCAGCCCGUAUUCCAGUGGAAAUACCGCUUCGGGUGCCCGAACUCGAGUAAUGUUUUUCGUGUACCCGAGUACGGGCUUUGCUUUGCGAGUUGCUUUGCGAGGUUUGCGAGUGGGUGCUUUUGUGAAAUCACUUUUAAGUAAAAAAAAUACCAAGUCGUGACGUUAUGCGUCAUUUCAAAACAUUAUAUUUAGUUCUGUUUUUUUUGAUUAUGUGAAUAACAACGUGUAACGUGUAACAUGGCCAAUAAAUUUUGAUACUGUAGAAUAGAGAUAGACGAAGAAAAAAGUUAUAAUCUCUAUUCUUCAGGUGGGCGCUUAACAUCAUUCACUUCUACAUUUUACCAGUGCUACAAACACCUAUGUAGGUUUCAUCGUGUAAUUUUCGUCUUAUUUAGAUCACCUAUGCUAUAGACUCACGUCACGUCACGUCACGUCGAAUUAUUAUUUUAUUAUUCAUAUUUUGUUAAUGAAUUGUCUGGUCGGUGAUUUAGCUAUGGCUGGUUCACAGCUUCACUCACUGGUUGGUUGGUUCAUACAUAAAGCUCAUACAUAUUAUUAUCUGCUCUUUUGUUUUGUUUUAUUUGCUCUUUUGUUUUGUUUCUUAUUAAUGAGAGUUUAUGAGUAUAUUUGUAUUUGAGCGGCUUUUGUUUGCUCUUAUACGACAUUUUUAGUUCUUGGUUUUGACAAUAGGUUUUUGUGUCAUUACUAUUUCUUUAAUUUUGCUGAGUAUCUUUCGCUAGUUCUUCUCCACAGCUAAAAAAGUCCGUAACUGGGUAAAAACAAUUAGGACUAAUCAAAAUAAUUAUAUAAUAAUACUUUGAUUAUAAUAUAUUAAUGUAACGAAGUUCCUUAUCGCACGGUACGGACUUGGCGGGUGGGUUCAAGGCGAAAAAAGCUGUUUCUUAACAUAUUGUGUGUAGUUGUGUACUUAAAAUUUUAACUUAGUUCCAACCGAGUGUUGCACGAUACUCACUAUUUUUUUAUGAUAUUGGAUGUGAAGUAAUUGGCUGUUAAGUACUCACCAUUUAUAAGGUUGUCGUAGUUCGAGUGAUACAGGCAUAAAAUUUUUAGCGAAUUAUGAGUGCAACCGGUGAUAUGGGAAUGGACGAAUAAGGAUAAUAAAUAAUAAACUCAGACACCUAUUAUUACUCAUAGUGAGAUACAAAGUGUCCAUUCUGGUAGUGAACUUUAUGAAUUCAUUAAAGCAAGAUGAUGUUAAAGAUUGUGAUACUAACUUUACCAAUUCUUUCAAUUUACGCAACGCCAUCAUGCAAUUUGUUUGGCAAACAAAAAGAGUAUUAUGUUUGUGAAUCUGAUGGUACAAAUUAUGAAUUAAAGGAAGGCCUCGUCUCAAGCAAAAGUGAAGUCAAAUCGAUUAGCCUUAGAGGUUGCAGGAUAACUGACAUUGAGUGUGAGGCAUUUGUAGGUUUGCCUAUGCUAAUGCAUUUAAAUUUAGCGGAAAAUGAGUUACACGAAAUUAGGUCCUGUACUUUGAGAUUCUUGUUAUCACUAAUAUCAUUAAAUGCAUCACACAAUCAUAUUUCGGAAUUACCUUCUGGCACUUUCGACCGAGUAAGCAACCUUGAGGAGCUUAUAUUAAAAGGAAAUCUUCUGAAAACGCUACAACCGCAAGUUUUUGAUAAACUAAUAAAGUUAGACAAAUUGGAUUUGUCUAACAAUGUUCUCGACGGCAAAAGUUUGUCGGCUCGUAUUUUCUAUAAUAAUAACCACGUUGCAUGGCUGGAUUUGUCAAGAAACGAUAUGUCUGCAGCUCCUGAAAAUUUACUUCAAUCAUUUCAAACGCUACAUGAAUUAUAUUUGGAUAGAUGCUUUUUAACCAAAGUUCCGUCAUUUGCAACCAAGGUCAACUUGAAAACUUUGAAGAUUUUAAUAUUAUCUACUAAUCAAAUAAGUAGGCUCGACGAUCCGACAAUUUUUAUUAACUUGGAUGAAUUGUUGAUAUUGAACUUGGUCGGAAACGCAAUAGAGAGUAUAGCAGAAAACAUUUUUAACCCAUUGAGAAAACUAAAAACUAUUGUAUUAAAGCAUAAUCAUUUGAAAGAGAUCCCAGAAACAUUGUUUCAGAACAUCCCAAAACUGAUUACAAUAGAUUUGUCUUAUAAUGAUUUAGAAACGAUAAAACUUUCUUCAUUUCGCUACACGCCCAUGAAAAAUUUGAACUUGUCGGGGAAUAAACUGUCUUAUUUGCCAGUAAACUUCUAUGAUACAUUGAUAAGUUCCGGAGGAAAGCUAAAGAAAUUCUUAUUUACCAAUAAUCCUUGGCAGUGUGCCUGUCUGAGAGACAUCUUGACAGAGGUCAAGAAUCAUAACAUUGAAUAUAACAGUACGAUCUAUGACGGAAAUAUUGCUGUUUGCGUCGGCGAUUACUUCACUUGCAGAAGAGAUUAAAGUUGUAAAAUAGGUACGUAUGUUAUAUUUUUCAUGUUUCAUGAAUGUCAUGUAAAUCAGCUUUGAAUGUAAUUAAAGAUAUAAUAGUUUCCAAACAUAUUUAAAUAACAGUACAUUCUUGCGAAACACUUAGAAAUACAACAAAUAACAUUAAAAUAAGAAAUUUUAGUGUCAGCGUCGUCACAGACCCGAACUGCCCUAUUAGCGUCCAAGUAAGUAAUAUUUUUAUUCUGACUACAAGAAGAACGAGUUUUAGUCACUCAAAUGCCACUUUAUCAGGGAAGUACGUCCUCAACACACGUAUAUUUUGCUUAGUUCAUCUUAUAUUUUGGUUUUACGAGUAUGUACUAUAAGAUACAAAUCAUAAUAAUCAUAUCAUAGGUGAAGAAUUAAAGUUGUAAAUGUUUAUAAUCGCCAUUUGAUAUUGUAUGUGAAGAAAAAAAACACAGUGGAAUAUUGCCGAGUGAUAUAUUGUGAGGUCAGUGAGAUAACGGAUAUUUGUACGCACCAGUUAGCGUUUUGUUGUAACGUUAUUCAAGAAGUCUUUUGUUUGAAAUUAUUAUAAAGCCAUGUAGUUCCAUAAUCUAUCCUGCGUAAUUUAGGAAAGACUGAAAUAAAAAAUAGUUCUAUUUCAGUCAUGGGAAUAAUAAUAUGUAGUUGAUUAUAAGUUUUUGCUUGGCCAUUUUAAAUUGAAUUUGCAACAAAUAUACCAUAUUAUUUCAUUAUAUGCGAAUAACGCUUGACAAGAUAGAAGAAAACAAUUUUGGUUCUUCGAUUGCGUCAAAUAUGCUACGUGCCAUCACUGUAUUUCUAGCAUUCAAAUGCAUAUUAAUAGAAGCACAACCAUCAUGUAAUUUCACAGAAGAUACCAAGAGGGACCUCAUUUGCACAGCCGGAUCUUCAGACUACGUUUUAGUGAGAGGACUCGUUUCAAGCAACAACAGGACCACAAGGAUAACCCUGAGGGACUGCAACAUUAUUGACGUUGAUUUUGAGGCUUUCCAUCAAAUGCCAGCUCUUGAAUAUCUUGACCUGUCUCAAAAUAAGAUCAAAAACUUAAAACUAGGCGUUCUAGAUGAAUUUAUGCGACUGAAAUUUCUUAACCUAUCUCACAACGAACUCGAAGGCUUCCCCCUUGGAUUAUUCGAUGAAAAACCAAACUUAGAAGUUUUGGAUCUCAAAGCUAAUAAUAUAAAUGAACUAGAGCUUGGUAUUUUUGAUACUCUUAAGAAGUUAAGACACGUAGACCUUUCUAGUAAUGCGCUGUUAGGAAUUGAUAUGAACCCCUACAUAUUUGAUCAGAGCACUCGUAUACAGGUCUUGGACUUCUCUAGAAACGACAUGUCUGGAUCUAAAGAUAUUCUAUUGGACGCUUUUGAAGAGUUACAUUUUUUAAAUCUGGAUCGAUGCGAAUUGAAUAAGGUUCCUAAAUUCGUGACAGGACCUAACUUGAAGACGAUGAAACAUUUGAUAUUGUCUUCAAACAAAAUUAGAUCAAUAGACGAUACAAAAAUAUUUAAAAAUUUAGAAAACUUGGAAAUAUUGAAUUUGUCUUUCAAUUCUAUUGAAAGUGUCACAGACAACAUUUUUUCACCAUUGAAGAAACUGAAAAUGAUAAAUAUGAAUAACAAUAAACUGAAGCAAAUACCAGAUACGUUAUUUAGGAGCUUACCAAGACUAGGUAAUAUCGAUAUGUCUCAUAAUUUAAUAGAGUUUGUCCCAGUCAACGCUUUUAGAAACUCCCCUAUUAAGAAUUUGAAUCUCGCUGAUAACAGAUUCAGUUUUUUGACAGAUAACUUUUGUUUGGAAUUGAAAAAUUCUGGUACUGGUUUAGUUAAGUUUUAUUUUAAUCAAAAUCCUUGGCAAUGUGCAUGCCUCAGAGACGCCCUGAAUGAAGUUAAGAGCUUCGGCAUAGUUUACAAUAAUGUUAAAUAUACUGGCGAUGUACCAGUGUGUGUAACUAAUGACAAUUCUUUUAACUGUAUUAGACAAAUGAAUGAAAACAGUAACUUUGUUGAUUUGUAUUACAACUUAUUACAAAUAAAUAAUUAGUUUGUGAAUUUCAACAACUAACUGGAGACUGUGCGGAAAGAAAAUGGGCGUGGCGAAAAACGGAACUAACAUUAAGAUUUUUAUUUGGCAAUCAAACCCAGCAAUCUGUAAAACGUCAAAGUUUUGUAUUGAUAUGGAUUUGUUUGUUGUUGUGAUUUCUUGCGGUUUUUUGUAUUUAAUCAUGUCUAAAAGGGGUAAACCUUACAAAUACAGUAGAUAAGCACUACAGCGCCCUCCAAUCUAAAUCCCAUUCUCUUUCCGCACAGACUAUAAGUAUAUUUUUUUCCUAAUUUUGGUGUAUAUAUUUGUUUUUAUAUUAUUAUUUUUAUUGUGGUAAAAAACCUAUUUGUAUUUAUGAAUAACGAGAAGAAUAGAUUUAUUAGUGUAACUUCUUGAUAUAUUAUCGACACCUAAAUUACAGGGCACCAAAAUUGAUAAUUGAUACAAAAAAAUCUUAUAACACCCACCCAUAUAUAUAUUUACCAUGGCAACAUUUAUUUGUAUCAAAUACAUUCUGAUUUUCUCAAAGGCCCACCUUAUAUGCCCAGACUGGGGAACACAGAAGGUCAUUGAGGGCACCAAUUAACUUCUGACUUUAUUUAAUAGCCAUUCUCGAUAAAUGUACCUAAUGUAGCCAAUUUAGGUGAGCAAUUUUGGUGGUAAAUACAAAAGAAUACCACCAAAACUAGAAUUGUGCAAAUUAUCUUAAUUUAAGAAACAAUUAUACAGAAUAAAACUGUUAUUUCAUGAAUUUAACGUAUAUCUGUUGGCUACUAAAAUAUAUAUAUACUAGCUGUGCCCCGCGGUGUUACCCGCGGUCUAUUAGGGAUAUUUUCCCGCAGUAAAACGUAGCCUGUAUGUUAAUGUCAGGGUAUCAGCUCAAUUCACACGAAAUUUCAUUAAAAUCGCUCCAGCCGUUUACGUGAAUAAGUAACAAACAUACACACUCACACACUCAGAAUCUUUCGCCUUUAUAAUAAUAAUGUGAUAAUUGUGUUUUACAGUCAGAUAUAGUGAUAUAGCUGUCCUUGUGUUACAUACCAACUAAUAGUUUUACCAGCGUCUUGUCUUGCUUGCAUCAAGCGCGCGUGGAUUUCCUUAGCAGAGUUAUUUUAGAAAUGUAUUUAUUAUACUCUUCAAAGAUCUGAUACUUACAAUCAUCAACAAAUAUAUUUCGAAAAAGAUUAUUACAGGAUUUUAUGUUGAUAAAAAACUCUAUGGCCCAUAACUCAUUAAUAGGUAGGUACCAACUCUUAACAUCUUAUACACGUAACUUUUAAACGAAAUAUCCGAUUGAGAUGAAACAAAAAGUAUUUUACUUCUACAUAAAUACUCUUGAUAACAUAAUGCUUAAUUUCGAUAAAUAUUAAUAUUACGAUACAUAUUUAACGUAGUUUUUUUUUCUUCAGACGAUUUAAUAAUUAUUUUGAACACAAAAUCGGUUAUUGUGAUUAAACCAUGAUAGCUAGAUAUAUUUUCUCGCGGAAUUUUUGUAGGUCUUAAUGGGAUCUACAAACCCGUAGUACAUCAUCUCUUAUCUAUUAGACAAGUCCGUCCGUCCGUCUGUCUGUGGUGCUGUUUCAGCGGCCAAACCGUAAGAGAUAGAUAAAGAGAAUAUUUAAGUUAUAAGUUAAGAAUAGUCUGAUAAGACUUCAAACCGGAUUUGAGUAAUGUAGCACUUCCGGUUUUCGAGAAAUCACGAAUUUCAAACGAAACCACACAAAAUCUCCGAAGUUCUCAAUUAAUUAUUUUUUUUUUAAAUCAGGUUUUGGUGAACAUUUGCUUCACUGGUUUGCUAGUUUUGUUCUAUUGUCAAUAGUUUUUGCAGCGCACGCAAAAAUGGGUUUUCGAUUUUACACCUUGUGUUACAAAAUAGCAAUUUUAUAACGGAUCCCUAAUUUUGAAAAAAAAGAAAGCCUAUAGCCUUCUUCGAUAAAUGGACUACCCAACACUGAAAGAAUCAUUCAAAUCGGUCCAGUAGUUCCAGAGAUUAGCGCGUUCAAACAAACAAACAAACUCUACAGUUUUAUAAUAUUAGUAUAUUGGGAUAUAUAUAUAUAUAUAUUAUAUAUAUAUCCCAAUAUAAUUUUUAUUUAAAUACAUGUUACCACUACGCGUGAUUAGGUAAUCGACAUCUAUCUAAGGUAAUACUGUUCUUUAAUUUGAUCCAAAUAAAGCCAAAAGAUAUUUUUGUUAUGCACACCAAAGUUUAACGUGACUUGUGCUUAUUUUUACGAUAGACCGUAGCUCUUAAUAAAAUAUUUAUAUUAUUUGGGGAUAGAAACAAUAACACUGAGUUGUAAGAUAUCUUUUAUUACUGUUUUAUAAAAUAACUUUAGUAAAAUAAUGCUUUUUCGAGUAAACUGUGCUAAGUAUCGGCAAAACAGAUUGUGGACAAACUACCGAAAUUAGAAUUAAAUAAAAAGAAAUAUACAAGCAUUAAACCUGAUCAACUAAUAAAACUUAUGGAAUUUUAUUAAGAUACCUAAAUAGCAUACUCCAUGAAAAACAUAAUUUUGUCUUUACUUUCAACAGCCUAUCCUUGUCCACUGCUAGAUAU